UAAAAAUAUUCAAGCUAAGUACAGUGUUUAUCUUCGUUUAGCAGUGGAACGUAGUCACACGUCUCGGUAAACACAUUAAUUUACGUAUUUCUUCCAAUUAUAUGAACGUACUGGUGUCUUUGCGCUGCAGAUGUCUGGCAUAACUGACUGUACUUAGUGGAAGGCAGAGAGAAGCCACAAACAUCACUUCCGAUUUAGAAAUUAACCGAAUUUUAAGCGCUUAAGUUUUGCUGCAGUGUGAAAAUUACAUGAAUCAAACGCACAAAUGACUGAUGACAAACAGUCUAAAGAACAUUAUUCGCUCUUAAUAAAUUGUGCAAUCCGAUAUGAUACUGGCUAUCGUACUUGUGUGUUAUUGUGUUGCGCUAUAUCGCCAUCAUCAAUUUCCAGCGUCUGCUUGGAGACCGAAUUUUUCUGCGGACAGCUGAGACUGAACGAGAUCAACAAACCCAAGUCACCGCUUACAUUCCUCGUUUCCCACGCUUUUGCUAUGAAAAACAUAACGGAAGACUCAAGGUUUUCCGUGUCUAAGAGACAAGCUAUUCAUACUCAACUACCCCCCACCGAGGAGAGAAAAUAUAACAAUAAAUUUGUCCCGCUGCUCGCCAUGGAGACCCUUGUAGAGAGGUUAUACAGCUCCAACUCAUUCUCGAUUUUGGCACUAGAUGGGGUUGAGUGUUCCGCGUCACGCCACGGCCGCCAUUUACCCUCCGGGGGACAGACCGCCCGUAACACUAGGUAAAUGAAAACCAGUAAGCAGAGUAGUGAACAGGAUGAAGAUGGCUGUCUUCUGUCUCAUCAUCCUGAUGAUGGUGGCAGCAAGGACCUCUGAAACGUCGGUAGCCAUCUUUAAACUCACCGCUGUAAAAACCUCAAAUCCUACUUAGUGAACAGGAUGUUUGUAUUGCAAUGUGAAGAUUCUGAAAGUUGUCCUCAGGCAACAUGUCCGUAGAGUCUCUCUGGAGGGGAUAAGAAGUCCAGUAUUUUCCGUGAUCUUUCAAGUGUUUGCUUUCAGAGACACAAAAGUCUCAUACUUACUGCUGUUCGGUCGGUUUAAAUAGCAAACAAUUUGUCACACAAACCAACGUCGGCUCUCAAAAAUCUAUGUACGUCAAGCGAACAGAUAAUAAGAGGUAUUAUAGAUAGAUAGAGAGAUUUAGACGGAGAAUAUUACUGUUGUGGUCGACUGUCGUAUGUUUUGUAGCAACACUUAGAAACUCGCUUUUUCGAAGAUUAACACAUUGGUUCCGUAACUACUUUUCCAGAUACAAAUUUUAUCCUAUGAACCAUUACAAACCCUCACACUAAACCAGGGGUGGGGAACCUUUUCAUGUUGGAAGUCCUCAUUAAUUUAGCUGUAAUGAAAUAAGGCUGCAUUCAAGAAACUUCAAUUAGAUAUACUUAAAAAUGUACAUUAUUUUGU